CGGUGGCUGUUCUGAAGCCUCGAGGGCCAUCAGUUCCUACCAGAGCUGCUGCGGGUGCCAUCCCACCCAUGGCCGGACACAGGCCCUCAAACCACUUCUUCCCCCUUCCAGGCAGUGGUGGGGGCGGCCCCAGAGGGCCAGUGCCCCUGCGGGUUGACACCUUGACCUGGUUGAGCACCCAGGCGGCCCCUGGCAGGGUGAUGGUCUGGCCAGCAGUCAGGCCAGGGGUCUGCCCAGACCCUGAGGUAUGGAGGAUUUCCCCGGCUCCCCUGCCACACGAAUUCCGGGGCUGGAUAGCACCCUGCAGGCCCCGUCUUGGAGCUGGUGAGGCAGGGGACUGGUUGCGAAGCCCCUCCGAAGGCGCCCUCCCUGGGCCCUACAUUGCCCUGCGGAGCAUCCCGAAGUUGCCGCUGCCAGAGGACGUCUCGGGCAUACUGAAAGAGUUGCAGCAGCUGGCCAAGGAGCUGAGGCGGAAGAGGUUGAGCCUAGGGUACUCACAGGCCGAUGUGGGGAUCGCUGUGGGAGUUCUAUUUGGGAAGGUGCUUAGCCAGACGACCGUCUGCCGCUUCGAGGCCCAGCAGCUAAGCCUUGCCAACAUGUGGAAGCUGCGACCACUGCUGAAAAAGUGGCUGGAAGAAGUGGAAGCAGAGAACCUUCUGGGCUUAUGCAAAAUGGAGAUGAUCCUGCAACAGUCUCGGAAGUGGAGACGGGCAAGCAGGGAGCGACGAAUCGGAAACAGCCUAGAGAAAUUCUUUCAGCGGUGCCCUAAGCCCACGCCCCAACAAAUCAGCCACAUUGCUGGGUGCCUCCAGCUGCAGAAGGAUGUGGUUCGAGUUUGGUUCUAUAACCGCAGCAAGAUGGGCAGUCGAUCAACCAAUGAUGCUUCCCCACGGGAGGUUGUGGGGACAGCCGGGCCUCCUUGCCCAGGGGCACCAGUGUGCUUUCACCUGGGACUGGGGGUCCCAAUGGAUAUCCCCCACUAUACACCUCUCUACUCUGCGGGGGUAGCCCACUCCUCUGCCGCAGCCACCGCUGUGGGCCUUCUCAGACUUUAGGGCUGAGGGACUUGCCCUUCGCGGCACGGUUGGAGAGGGGAGAAGGGAAAACCCAGGAAAUGUCCCUGGGGUUCAUUUGAGGGCUUUUAGCAUUAAUUUCUCAUUCACUGUCUAACGAAGUUAAGGAUACAUAGUAGGGAAUGGGGGUUGGAAUUGUUCAAGAAAAACCUGGGAGAGAAGAUGAAGUUUAUUGCAGUUUUGUGUUUUCCCUUUGUUUUUCCCUAGCAUUGAUUUCAAGGUACAUUACAGUAUAUAGAUGGUUUCGAUAUUUUGUUCCUUUUUAAAAUUAAAUAUUGUGUCUGUUA